AUGUCUGAACCCAACACCAUCCCACUCGUCACAUACCCGAACCCGGACGCGUUCGGCCUCAAAGGUCGCUUCGAUCGACUCGGCACGGCGCUGAGCCGACCCGCACCUCCGCACAACGCGCAGAUGGCAGGACAAGGCGUCCACGCCCACGCGAACAACGGAGAACGAACGAACCGUUCCGUCCUCAAGAAAAUCUGGGGUCCCAUUAAGGGAUGCCUUUGCUGCUGGAAUGGUGGGGCGUAG